AUGUUAUUUGAUGAAAUCCGAGCUGAAAUGAAAAUCUUAUUGUUUUUAACGUUAUGUUCGUUACCAAUUUCAUGGUGCGUAAAAGAUAAGACAUGGUGGAAAUACACCACUAUAUACGAAGUAUUUUUACCAUCUUUUAACGAUGGUAAUGGUGAUGGAAUGGGUGACUUGAAAGGCUUGAAGUUGAUAAUAGAUACGGUGUUCAAUCACUGCAGCGAUGAACAUCCUUGGUUCAUCAAAUCAAUACACAAAGAAGACCCUUACACUGAUUAUUUCAUAUGGAAGGACCCAAAAGGAUACGACAAAGAUGGAAACCCAUUACCACCCAAUAAUUGGCUCAGUGUUUUCUCUGGAAGUGCUUGGAAAUGGAACGACCGACGCAAGCAGUUUUAUCUUCAUCGAUUUUCUCCCCAACAACCGGACUUCAAUUUACGUAAUACAGCGGUGAAAAAUGAAUUGAAGAAAAUCAUGAAAUUCUGGGUGGAAAAAGGAGUAGCUGGAUUUAGAUUCGACGCAACAAAGUUUUUAUUGGAAGAUGAGCAUUUCAGGGAUGAACCUGUUUCGUCGCCUGACGUUGAAGUGCCAUACCAGUAUAGUGAUUUAAAACACAUUUAUACGGAUAAUUUGCCAGAUUCCUAUAAAUUACUUCAUGAAUUACGUACUUUUCUGGAAAAGCUUACCCAAAAGUAUCAAGAUUUUGAGAGAAUUAUGGCUAAUGAAGAUUACAUCGAUGGAAGAUUGCUGUACCAAUAUUACGGUUCUGACACGUACAGAAUCAUGCAUUUACCUUUAAAUUUCAUUUUAACUCUUACCGUUCAUUAUCAUAACUCCUCGCAUUACCAUAAAACAAUCAAUACGUAUCUUAAUGGCUUACCAGAAGGAGCUGUUCCCAAUUGGAAUGUAAGUUACUGA